AUGGAGGAGAAGUAUGACGCGAUUGUGUGCGGGACGGGCCUGGUGGAGUGCGUUCUCUCCGGCCUGCUGUCCGUGAACGGCUACAAGGUGCUGCACGUGGACCGCAACCCGUACUACGGGGGUGAGAGCGCCUCGCUCAACUUGGAGCAGCUCUACCAGAAGUUCAACAAGGGGCCGCCGCCGGCUUCGAUGGGCCGCAGCCAUCUCUACAACGUUGACCUGAUCCCGAAGGUGCUGAUGUGCGCUGGUGAGCUCGUCAAGAUCCUGCGCGCCACCGUCGUGGAUCGCUACAACAUGGAGUUCAUGUUGCUCGACUGCUCCUUCGUGGUGAAGGAUGGCAAAAUCGCCAAGGUCCCGGCGACGGAGGUGGAGGCGCUGUCUUCACCACUGAUGGGCUUCUUCGAGAAGCGCCGCCUGCGCAGCUUCCUCCAGUACGUGUCCAGCUACAAGGUGACGGACAGCCGCACCUACAAAGGCUACAACCUGCGCACCAUGACAAUGCAGCAGCUCUUCAAGGAGUUCGACCUUGGCAGCGACACCAUUACCUUUGUUGGGCAUGCCAUGGCGCUGCAGAACAACGAAGGCUACCUGCACAAACCAGCCCUCGAAACUGUGAUGCGGUGCAAGCUGUACGAGGACUCCUUCCGGAUGUACUGCCGCUCCCCGUACGUGUACCCACUCUAUGGUAGCGGCGAACUUCCGCAGGCCUUCUCGCGCCUGUCCGCUGUGUACGGCGGCACCUAUAUGCUGCAGACGCCCGUGGAUAAGGUGAACUUCGACACCAACGGCGUCUUCGAGUCCAUCGAGAGCGGCGGCCAGAAGGCGUUCGCGAAGUUGGUGCUAGGCGACCCGUCCUACUUUCCGGACCGUGUCAAGUUGUGUGGUAAGGCAGUGCGCUGCAUCGCUAUUAUGAAUCACCCUAUUCCCAACCUAAAGGUCACCGCCAACGCGUGCCAAAUCAUCAUCCCACAGUCAGAACUGGGGCGUCAGAACGAUGUGUACAUCCUGCAGCUGUGUGAAGAGGACAAGGUGUGCCCCGAGGGCAUGUACAUUGUGAUGAUUGGGACCGUGGUGGAGCACCCGGAGAACCCCAAGGCUGACCUAGAGGCUGGCCUCAAGCUUAUUGGCCCCACGCUGGAGACGUUUAUCUCUGUCUCGGAGUUGUACGAACCGCUCGAGGAUGGAAGCACUAGUCGCUGCUUUAUCAGCAAGAGCUACGACGCCGCCACGCACUUCGAGGGCGCUGCGUGUGACAUUCUUGACCUCUUCGAGCGCAUCCACGGCAAACCGUACAGCUUUGAGGCCAUCAAACGUACGGGUGAGGAGGUGCACGCGUAG